AUGCCCGUCGCCGUCCCCACUCAGCUGCCCCAGUGGACCCGCCCUCAAAAGACCAAAGUUGACCUGCCAUGGGCCGACAUCAAGACACUCGACUUUGCAAAGUACGACCAGCCUGGUGGUGAAGAGGCUCUUGCCCGCGAGCUCGAUGAGGCAAUCCGCGACACGGGCUUCUUUUCGCUCGUCAAUACGGGUUUUGAGCCCGACGAGGUGCAGCGCCAGUACGACAUCGGACAGAGCUUCUUCGACCUUCCGUCCGAGGAAAAGGAAAAGGAACAGUACGCCGUCGACUUCUCAAACGGCAACUACUUUGGCUACAAGCGGCCAAACGAGAAGACGGUGCGCGGAACGCAGGUUCGCGACAAUGUCGAAACGCUCAAUAUACCCAAGUUUAUCAAGUCCAACGAGCGUGAGCCGUUUCACCCGCAUCUGGAACCCUUCAGGGACGAGAUCGAGGCGUUUUCAAGGGUCUUUCGGCUCUUUGCAAUCAUUCUAGAGCUGCCAGAGGACUACUUCUCGUCGAGGCAUGAGUACGAGGACCCCGCCGAAGACCACCUCCGCUACAUGCUGUAUCACCCACGGUCACUCGCCGAUGACGAGUCGGUCGAGCGAACAUGGGCGCGAGCCCACACCGACUUUGGCUCAUUGACGCUACUGUGGUCGCAAAACAUUGCUGGUCUCCAGGUCAAGACUGGCUCUGGAGAGUGGCGCUACGUGCCGCCCGUCGACAAUGGAAUCAUUUGCAACGUUGGUGACACGCUCUCCUUUUGGAGCGAGGGAUACCUAAAGAGCACAAUUCACCGCGUCACGCGUCCGCCCGAGGAUCAGGCGCACCUAAAGCGCCAGGGUCUAUUCUACUUUGUCCGACCGGGCAACAAAGUCGACAUUACACCUGCCGAGUCUCCACUGCUCAAGCGUCUGGGCCUCCUCAAGGAGCGCAAGUCAUCCAAGCCGGUAACUGGCCUCGAAGUAUGA